UAGGUAGGCCCGACCGUCGGCUGUGAAAUUGAUUCUGAACUCACGUGGUCGGCAGCCCCAUGACGUUUGGGCUGCGGGGCGUCACCGUGACGUUCUGCAGGAGGCCUGCCUACCUUCGCUACCUGUGCAGCCACGGCUCGGUCAUGGAUCUGGGACCCAUGCGCAAGAGUUACCGUGGGGACAAAGAGGCAUUUGAGGAGACUCAGCUGACCUCUCUGGACCCCAUUAAGCAAUUUGCUGCUUGGUUCGAGGAGGCUGUUCAGUGCCCUGACAUAGGGGAAGCCAACGCCAUGUGUCUGGCUACCUGCACCAGAGAUGGGAAACCCUCUGCCCGCAUGCUGCUACUGAAAGGCUUUGGCAAGGACGGCUUCCGCUUCUUCACUAACUUCGAGAGCCGAAAAGGAAAAGAGCUGGACUCCAAUCCCUUUGCUUCCCUUGUCUUCUACUGGGAGCCUCUAAACCGGCAGGUGCGUGUGGAGGGCUCCGUGAAGAAGCUUCCUGAGGAGGAAGCCAGGGGCUACUUCCACUCCCGCCCCAAGAGCAGCCAGAUUGGGGCUGUGGUCAGUCAGCAGAGUUCUGUGAUCCCAGACCGGGAGUACCUGAGGAAGAAAAAUGAGGAACUGGAGCAGCUCUACCAGGAACAAGAAGUGCCAAAGCCGAGUUACUGGGGUGGCUACGUCCUGUACCCACAGGUGAUAGAGUUCUGGCAGGGCCAAACCAACCGCCUGCACGACCGCAUCGUCUUCCGGCGGGGCACAGCCUCGGGGUCCACCCCUGUGGGGCCCAUGACCCACCGAGGGGAGGAGGACUGGCUCUAUGAGCGACUUGCACCCUGACUCCCAAAUCCUCUGUGAACCAGAGCUGGAGUGGGAUGCUGGGAAGUUUGUGGAACAGGGAACCAGACCUUGGAAGCCAUGCCUGCUCCCUCAGGCCCACGAUGGAUUGCUCAGGGUUCAGCCAAGCCAGCCUCGAACCCGACCUAGCAGCAGGAGGUGUCACAUUGCAACAACUGGAGAAAAGUUCCCAUUACAUAUUUUCUUUCUCUUUAUUUAAAACUUUUUCUUUCUCUUUUUUGGUUUACUGGACCCCACCCAGCUGUGCUCAGAGAUUGUUCCUGGCUCUAUGCUCAGGACUGAACCCAUAGCAGUGCUCGGGGACUGUCUACUGUGCCAAGAUGGAAUCGAACCUGAGCCAGGCAGCAUGCAAAGAUUUUACUAUCUCUUUGGAAGCGCCCCACCCCUUCCAAUUAUAUGUUGAUUGU